GCUUCUGGCCUGAAGUAAUGGCUGAGGAAAACCAUACUUCAGUGCCUGAAUUCUUCCUCCUGGGCUUCUCUGACCUCAGGGCCCUUCAAGGUCCCCUGUUCUGGGUGGUUCUUCUGGUCUAUCUGGUUACCUUGCUGGGUAACUCCCUGAUCAUCCUCCUUACCCAGGCCAGCCCUGCACUGCACUCCCCAAUGUACUUCUUCCUGCGCCACUUUUCCGUGAUAGAGCUCCUCUACACCAGUGACAUUGUGCCCAGGACACUGACUGAUCUGGCCUCUCCACACCCCCGGGCCAUCUCCUUCCAGAGCUGUGUAGCACAGAUGUACGUUUUCAUUGUCCUGGGCAUCUCUGAGUGCUGCCUGCUCACAGCCAUGGCAUAUGACCGCUAUGCAGCCAUCUGCCAGCCACUGCACUACUCUACCCUCAUAAGCCAGCGAGCCUGUGUGGCCAUGGUGGGCAUGUCUUGGCUCAUGGGUAUCAUCACAGCCACCACUCAUUCCUCCCUCAUCUUCACUCUGCCUUUCCCCAGCCACCCAAUCAUUCCACACUUCCUCUGCGACAUUCUGCCAGUACUGAGACUGGCAAGUGCUGGGAAGCACAGGAGCGAAAUCUCUGUCAUGACAGCCACCGUGGUCUUCAUACUGGUCCCCUUCUCUCUGAUUGUCACCUCUUAUGCCCGCAUCCUGGGUGCAAUCCUGGCAAUGGCUUCCACUCGGAGCCGACACAAGGUUUUCUCUACCUGUUCCUCCCACCUGCUUGUGGUCUCCCUCUUCUUUGGAACAGCCAGCAUCACCUACAUUCGGCCUCAGGCAGGCUCCUCUGUUACCAUAGACCGCAUCCUCAGUCUCUUCUACACAGUCAUCACACCCAUGCUCAACCCCAUCAUUUAUACCCUUCGUAACAAGGAGGUGGCAGGGGCCUUGCAAUACAUGAUAAAGAAGCAGGUUCCUUCAUCCUGAAGGGAUUUGAGGAUAUC